GGCAUUUGGCUUGCUGGGCACGCUAUAGGUGAGCGUCGACUCUGAUUGUUUUCUCUGGCGACGAUGCUUUAGUAAAAGGGUCGAUCUCAGCCUGGCACCUCGCGUCCUGUUCAGACCUCCCGAGCCCUUAACGCGUUCGUUAAACGGUGUCCUGCAAAAGACCUCUGCAGGGCAUUGUAAGGCCGGACCGACAUAUAUUGGCUCUCUUUUAGGCUGGUGCGCCGCGAGCCCAAGGCGCACUAGCAAAGGCAGAGCCACCACACCUCGGCGCGCGUGUGCCGCUCUCCCGUCGCGUUUCAUACGCGCACGGAGGAGCUGGUGCUGCCGCCGCGGGCAACAUCCUAGCCGAGCCUGCGCAGCGAGCUCUAUCUGCGCAGGUGGUCUCCGGACGUGGUUGCCCUACGUUGCCCAAAGCUCCACGGAGACGUGGACGCAUAUUCAAUAGCGCCGCAGCUAGAGAACGACGCUGCGUGCGCGUGGUUAUAUGCGCACAAUGCAGGCGCGGUUGUCUAGACGGGCGUGGGGUGUGCCGCUGAGGAAAUGAGAUCCAAUCUUCCUGCUCUGCAGACCUGAGCCUUCUUUCUCAUUCUCAUCACGUCUUACUCGAAGCCGAAGAAUGCUAACACCUCCGUUUGCAGUUCAUGUCUACGGCCAUCUUUCGGUUUCUCAGCUGGACAUACCUCCCCGACUUCGCCACCCGGCAAAUACUCCGCGUGGGACAUCGGGUAUACCCCACGAUUCUGCGUCGUGCCCCUCCCGCCCCGCGGACUGCUGCAUACGUACGCCAUUACCGCUUCACUUACGCCGCCGUUGUCCUAUGUUACCUCCUAUACAAUUUCUUCGAUGCCUCAAGUGAUCUGCCUCAAAACUUCUAUGAGCUUCUUGGCAUAUCCCCGGACAUUGGCGAGGGAGCCCUCAAGGCUGCUUUCCGCACUUUUGCCAAAAAGCAUCACCCAGACCGCGCGGGUGCAGACGCGGAAGCUUUCUUCAUUCAAGUGAGAGAUGCAUUCGAGGCAUUGAAAGAUCCAGUCGUACGGUUCGCAUACGAUAGAUUUGGUCCUGAUGUCCUUCUCUGGACUGAUUGCGUUACAACACGGGAUUACUUCCGACGAGGUCUUUUGAGCUCAUCGGGAUACCAUAUCGUAUCCGCCGUGAUCCUUGUAUUGUUAUCCGCUAUCGGGAAGCCAAACCCCAUCUCCUCGUGGCGUUACUUCCUCUUCGUAGGCCUUUUUGCUUCUGAGCUGUUCUUGUUGGUGUCGCCAUCUCCUUCAGCGGCGACCCCAAGUUCCUUUAUCGACAGUGCUUCUUUGGAAUGGACAGUCCUGAGUCUCCUGUUCCCAAGGCGGGUCGUAUUCCAGCAUGUCAUAUUCCUGCAUCAGGUCUUCUUCUUCCUUUCAAUCGCCUCGAGUCGCGUUGUGCCGGUCCUGUUCCCCGGCCUUGCACGAGGUGACUCGGUGAUGGACUUGGACGUAAUUCGCAGCAUGGCAGAGCGGGUAGGCAUGUUAGCCAAAGUGUCCGAGAGAGAAUUGUCCGUCGCGCUGAACCAGGAACUUCACGCUCUGCACGGCAGCCGGCUGAGGGUGCCGGCCGACUUGCUCACGCCCCCGGCGAAUCCUCGGGAGGAUAUCAUGGGCGAGCUGAGGAGCGAGAUGGUGGACAUGAUGAUAGAGGGCAAGCUAGGUCUGGAGGUGGGUCCAGUCAAGAGCGUGUGGGAUGCUGCUAUGCGGAAGGAGGAAGAGGGGGGUCAAAGAUAGGCCCCUGUUGGCCCCCCUUUUCUCCUCCCAUUGUCUCCUCAUGCAUUGAACUCUCUUGCACCUCG